AUGAGUCAAGAGAAAGCUACUGCUGUUCCUACUCGUUUUCGCGGGCUUCGUGUGCUGCUGGUUGAUAAUGAUACAGCAUCUUUGUUAGACGUAGCAUCGAAGUUGGAAGAUUACUCCUAUUCAGCUACAACUACUGAACUAGCUACAGUUGCACUGUCCAUUCUGGGACAACGCAAAGAUCAAUUUGAUCUUGUCAUGGUUGAUACUAACAUCCCAGAAAUGGACAUCUUCAAGUUCAUUGAGAGUGUACAGCUUAUCAAGGAUUUUCCGAUCAUAUUGAUGUCUUCGGAGUUGAACAAGAAUGUAGUGGAGGAAGCCAUGUCAAAGGGGGCAUGUUUCUUUCUGAAGAAGCCAAUUUCUGCCAAGAAUCUCAAGAAUGUGUGGCAGCAUGUAUACAGAAAGAGUACAAACGAAAAUAUUAGAUGUCGAAAGGGAGAAGUAAAGGGUAAUGCUGAUCAAGAAGCUGCAUCCCAAGGAGCUAAGCCAGAAGGGAAGAGCAAAGUACUUGAAAUUGUCAAUGACAUUACGUUGCCCGAACAAGAAAGCGAACAGGUCGGGGAUAGCGAUCAAAUUGAGAACAACGUUAACAAUCUUGUCAAGGGAAAAAGGCUGUUAACAAUAUCAGAAGGAACUUGCACUAAAAGGUCCGUGCCAACGGAAAACAAUGAACCUGGAGAGUUUAAGAGGAAAAGAACCGAUCAGGAUGAAGGUAAUAAGAUAACAGGAACUGCUACAAUCAACGCCUCAGAACUGACCCAUCAUCGGCCCUUCCGUGUCUCCCAGAAACAUGGAGUUGAAUCACCAGCUACUGAACUUAACCGAGUAACUGCUCAGCCUGUUGAUCAUCAAUCUAUGCAGACACUGUUAAAAUCUAACUCUUCUCACAAGAGGGGGCUUUUAUCUGCAACUCCUUCACCACAGCUUGGAGUUGGCAGCUUGGAGAACCAUAGUAGUUUUCCAGGAGGGUUAAGUGGUUUGCAUAAGCAGGUCGGCAGAAGUCAAGAGGUGGAUAAGCUUCAGGUUUUCGGAGAUUCAAGUCACUUUUCUGCAGGUUUUCUCAAGUUACUUCAGGAAAAAGGUUACAGAAACGAACCAAAUCCAUGUGAAGGCUUAAGUAUUCGAAGUAAGUUUUCAAGCAGCAUGGCUUGUCUGAACCAAAAUCCGGAGUUUACGACAGAUUUGGGUUCUUCUUUGUGUAUGUUGAACGAAAGAAAUGACAGGAAAUUGAAUACGUUGGAGCUCAAUGUUCAAAUGAGUGAAAGUGGCAGAUCUUCUCCACAGGUGAAUAACUCGCAUCAAGAGAAGUCUAAGGAGUUUGUUUCUAAAGAGGGAAAAUUUCAUAUUUAA